AUGUCGAACACAGUAUACAAACCGCCGGAAGGUCCACCACCAGGCCUGGCGCAACCACAACCCACCUACCAGGACGGCGGCGAUCGAGGCUUCGGCCAAAACAAUUCUUACCCUUCUCAAGGCCCAAACGGCUACUACCAGCAACCUCCCCAAGGCUGGAAUCAAGGUCCGUCGGGUCCGGGGCCGUGGCAGCAGCAAGGUUAUCAACAGCAGCCCUAUGGCUACUAUGGACCCCCGCAGCAAGGCAUGUACUACCAACAAGGACAGCCAGGACCAUAUUAUCAAGAUCGAGGUAUGGGAGCUGGUGGAGAAGGGUGUUGCGCUGCACUACUUGCAGCCAUGACAUGUUGUUGCUGUCUUGAGCUCUUGUUCUAA